GCGGAUUCCGGGAGAGAAGUCGCGCAGGAGGUGACAACAACAACAGUGACGACCCUUAACGUUAGACGACAAACUCGCACACAACAACAACAAGAGCACGGUGCAUGCACGGUGUGCAUGACAGCGGGGACUUCUUGCAGCUUUGAGUGUGACGUGACCAGAAGCUGGAAUCCCCCGUUGCUCCGACUGAACUGCAAGCAUUUCUGAUCCCCCUCGCUGCUCACAGCGGGCCCUCUUCUGAGUGACCAUGAUUGGGUACCACGAUGCCUCAAGUGCUCUCCUCGUCCUCCUGACAGGGGCUUCCUUCCUCCAUCUGUCCACCUCCAAGCCGAUCAACACCCCUCGAGAUGUUGAUAACCCACACAGAGAUGCUCCUCGUAGAAGGGAAGAGGAGACACGAUCGAUGCAGAAAGAAGAUGCAGAGGAAGAGGAAGAGCUCUUCAAAGGUGUGGAUCCCAAAACACUAGCGGCAGUUUUACUGGAGGCACUGAAUCACUCACGAGUAGAGCAAAGACGGGAGGGAGGGGAGCGCAAUGAGAUGGAAGGAGAAAUGAAGGCUGAGAUGGGGGAGGUUAAAGAAGAAGAAGCAGGCAGAGAAGUGAGAACGAUGGAGGGGGCAGACAGAGACCGAGAUGGACGACAGGAGUUGGAGCUGCUGAUGGCCGCGCAGCAGAAGAAGCGGGAAAGAGAGGAGGAAGAGGAGAAGCAGAAAGCUCGAGAAGAAGAAGAGAAGAUGACAGAAAAGGUGACCAGUCGCACCACAAGUCAGAUGGUCCAGGUCCAAGCAGAGCGGCAGCCCGCUAGUCUGGAUGAAAGAGGGGAGAAAGGGCAGGGCGCUGCCCCCCAGCAGGGGCCAAACAGCCCUGAACAAGGCAGCAAUGAGGAGGAGGAGCAGAUCAGCCCCGAGGAGCUAAAGAACCUCGAGACCAUGAUGAAGGAGUUUCCUCGUUUGAACACGGCCACUAAGAGGGAGGGAGAUUCAGAGCAAAACCAGAGAGAGAUCAGAGGUUACAGCAGCUACGACAUCAUACCAACCAACAAAGGCAACGACCUCGCCAUGUCUAAGAAGAAACUGAAAUGGCAGGAGGAGACGCAGAAAGGCCUGAACUUCCCAAAGUUCAGGGGGGGCAAUUUCAUGGACGACUUCGAGGACAACAAUUACGCUGGCGGUAAUGUAGCACAGUCGCCCCAACCAGCAGAGCAGGAGGUAAUGGAAGAGGAUGAACCACAGGAUGAGGAGGAAGAGGAAGACGAGGAGUUGUUGAGUCCCGAGGAGGAGGAGGCUCAGGCCAAAGCAGAGCAGGAGGAGAUGAGGAGGCAGGCGGCCGAGGCACAGAGAGCCAAGAUGGAGGAGGAGAAGCUGGCCGACAUCGCCUCGGACAUGCUGCUGCGCUACAUGGUUAAACAGAACAACGGGAACAAGAAGUACAGCUCUUCCUUGUCCAACGCCGCGGAGGACAAGAGAUCCGAUGAGGAACAGGAAGUGACGGAGGAGGAUGAUAUCGAUCCCCAGACCAUCGACAAGCUGAUCGAGAUCUCCAACAAGCUCCACCUCCCUGCCGACGACGUGGUGGACAUCAUCAAAGAUGUGGAAAAGAAGAAGAAGAAAGACGUGCAGCCCGAGAUGGCGUCUCGUUGGCAACGACCUCCAACUUCGCUAUCUUCCCCGUUCUCGUCAUCCAAUGGUUUCUCAGCAUCACAGAUUCUAACCAGUCAAAAUAACUUUCCCGUCUCUAAGCAACCCUCCCCAGCUGUCAAUCUCCUCAAAACAUGGUUACAGGAGAAAUCGCCGACCAAGUCACAGGAUCUCUGGAGCAAACCUGCCAGGCCUCUGUUGGCCAAUCAGAAUCGUUGGCCCAAACCUCAGAAGCCUCUGUCAAUCAAACAGGACCUCUGGCUCAAAUCACCCAAGUCAGUUUGGACUGGCUACCCUUUGUACCCUUACACAUACCCGUCCUACUACCAGAGGAAGCAGUACCCAGACUACUACCCCAUCUAUUACCCUCCUCCCCGGAGACCCAAACCCCGUUACUACAUCCCCAAACCCGCUCUCACCCUCAACAACUUCCUUGGGAAUUCCGUGGACGACACCUACUCAUUCUCUCCCAAACGCCGUUACCACAGCUGGGUCCAACCCCGACUGAGAACCCCCCCCGCAGUCCUCCAGCAGAGGCCUUACUACACCACCUACCGGUAUCAGCCGGUACCCAAACCUCGCUCCCCUCUCCGAAUGCCUGUGAUCCCGCCUCAGCAGAAAUAUUAUUACUCAGCCCCGGCGGCACCCGCAGCAACGAGAAAUGAAAACUAUCACGUGGCUGGAAAGCAGCCAGAGAGCAGCAACCGUGACGAUCUGGAGAAAUACAUACAGCAGAUACUCAUGAAGAGGCCAGUGUUGGACUGAAAGAGGGAUGAGGAAGCGAGAGUAUGGGGAAAGAUGAGAGAUGGGCAGAAAAGUAUUUCUUUUUGAUCUUAUUUUGUUUGGUUUUGUAUUAUAUAUGUAACAAGUUUAUUUCUCCUAUUUCGUGUUUUGAUUUGGCCAAGGACAUUAAGGAGGACUUUUAUUUCCAGAGCUAGCCUGGAUGAAAUGUCACUUUGACAGGAAAAGGAGAGGGAAGAUACACAUCUACACUCCUCCGCCUUGUAGGAGGGGACACAGGACGAACGUGGUCUGUUGGAAAGCAUGCUGCGGCAGAGAUUUGUAUCAUGCUAGAACUUCUCAUCCAAACUCCCGGCAUGACAACAUUCUCCAUUUGGACAUUUUACAAUGCCAACAAAGGAGGACGCUUGAAUAUGUUGUUACCUGUACCUUUAAAAAAUAUAUAUUUUUCAGAGUCAGAUCGUAAGCAGCGAUGAACGCUGGGAAGCGUUUGGAGCCUGAUGGAGUUCUACUGUCUAAACACAAAGAGAAUAUGUGUGUGAUUAUCUCAGGCAGGGAAAUUUGAACAAUAUUACAUAAACAUAUUCUUUCUGAAAUGACCACCUUCUGUCCAUAUAGUGCACAACAGACACACCUUUCAUCUCUUAGAGAUGACGUAAAAAUCAUGCAUAUUCUGGGAAUGGCCUCUUUCCGGAGCCAUUUGCUAUCUCAUUUUUAAAAAAUGAAUACAUUUUUAUGCAAAUGUAUCAUUUUUUUGUGGUAUUUGUAUGAAGAUGCAGCAAAAACAUUUCAGCAGAACAGCACCUUCUCAUUUAUGUAUGCUCACACAUACCCACCAAAGCUCUUCAUCAUGAAAUAUAAUGCACCAAAAAGCAUAUUUCAUACAAAGGGCUGUGGAAGCCACACGAACAACACUAUAAUGGCUGGGAUGACUCACCCCUUUGCAUAACUUCAAUUACCUUGUUGCUAUGGUGCCAAAGCCUGACCAAACUCUAUAUGGCAUUCUUUUGACGCCUCCAGAGGAGGAUGCAGUGGUGGAGUCACAUACUGCUCUUUUACUAAACGCGUGCAUUUUAACAGGUAAGGCUGGUGGUGUUCUAUAUCACUAAAUAUGUUCCACAUCUCCUUACCCCAUCUGUAGCACUCAGUUUAUAUUCCUAAUCUAGAAAAUCACCAGCCUUAUCCUUUAAAGAUACCCUCAAUGGUUUCGUCGUCGCGCCCCAAAGUGCCCCUAAAUUCCAAAGUUCCCUUCAGCUCGAUGAAGUCCAUUUAGUGCGAUUUUAUUAUUCAACAUAUAUUUUUCAUUAAUCGUUACAGGGCUAAAAAAUAAAGAUUGCCAGCUCGCCCGGGGCAAAUAAAAUGCCACGAUGGGCCAGUAAAUCUACCAACUUUGUUGUUAUUUGAUAACCGCUAAUUAAUGAAACAAUUUGUAUAAGGGCAAGUAAAGAUUGAAUUCGGGCAAGUAUUUGUUCUAAAUGUUGCACAGCCAUCGAUCACCCAUUUUAUACAUUUGUAGAUGGGAACUUCUUUCCAAAUUCUGAGCUGAAACUGGCUGCCUUACAUAUCACUGUGACAUCCCGAACAUUGCGCUUCAUGUUUUCUUUUGUACCACUUGAUAUCAUCCACGAGAUCAAGGCAGAAAUCUUUUGUAAUGGAAGCAGACGGGAUAAUGAAAUGAUUCUCUGGAACUGACUCCACUGGAGACAGGAUCAGUUUGCUCAUAUUCAGGUUUAAGUCACAAUUAAAAAAAAAACCAUGAUGAAGGGAUUUUUCAUUGCUUGGAUUGGAUGGCAGUGUUAUGAAUAUGAUUGUAUUGAAGUUUUUUAACAUGCAAAAAAAAAGGUUUGUACUGCUGAGAGUUCCCUUCUUUACUUAAAUGGCUACUGAUAAUCAGUAAUCAAUAAACACUUCCCUUUUCUCCCCGUUUACCUCUUUUUCAAAUGCGUCAUGGAACGAGAGCAGAUGUUGCUCUUUGGUUUGUCUGUAUUGUUGACCUUUGUGGUCAUCUGUUGCUAAGGGAUGAGCAAAGCUCAAUGUCUUUGUUGUCAAGCCAAAACAGAAUCACGGCAUCGACUAUCUCAAACUGAAAAAAUAAUGUCAACAUGAGGACAUUAGUCCAAGAAAAAUGAGAGUGAACUGAUAUGAAAAUAAAAACAAAGCUUUUUUGUAAUUUUUAAUGGUUUGUUGUUUUUUCAAGAAGCAAGUCCCAUAUUGAGAAAGAGAAGGGUAGAAAAAGAGAGGCUGAGAUAUGAAGCGACAGACCAGAGGCGAGGGUACAGUGUCUGCACGUUUAUGUAUACUUGCAUCUAAAAAUUGCUUCUUUGAAGACGUACAAGCAUCAAUUAAAAAAGUAUAAAAAAAACUCUAAAGAUGACAGAAACAAUGACGUCGGUGUACCUUAAAAUCAUUGUUUGAGUCAUGUAUGCGGCGAGUGUUUUCCAUGGUCUUUCUAGAUGUACCUUGUUGUAACCAUCGUAAUAAACAUGCGUUUGCUGGAUGUAAAUAUGCGCAUGUCAAUGACUACUUUUGCUAUACAUGAAGAAACAAUAAAGUCAAACUAUUUUUAAUAC